UCCUGUCGUCUUUUCAGAUGAACAACAUCCUUCUGCAGCUCUCUUGGACUUCAAUUUCCUCUGUAUCCAUCCUUCCUCCUCUGUCUACAAUUAUUUAAUUUCUUUGCCAGAGGCAAUUUCUUUCAUCUCCUGCCAAAGAGAGGGACUCCAUACAGUUACUGGGAAAAGCUUUGGAACCAAAGACUUUCGAGCAGCUCUAGAAAAUGGAGUACUGUUAUGCGAUUUGAUUAACAAGAUCAAACCUGGCAUUGUUAAGAAGAUCAAUCGUCUGUCAACUCCAAUAGCUGGGUUGGAUAAUAUAAAUGUUUUUCUGAAAGCUUGCGAAAAUAUUGGACUGAAAGAAGCUCAGCUUUUUCAUCCAGGAGAUCUUCAGGAUUUGUCCAAUCGAGUUACAGUCAAACCAGAGGAGACCAACAGAAGAGUGAAAAAUGUUUUGAUUACAUUGUACUGGCUUGGGAGAAAAGCACAAAGUAAUCCUCAUUAUAAUGGUCCAUACCUCAAUCUUAAAGCAUUUGAGAAGUUAUUAGGGCAAGCGUUGACCAAGGCACUUGAAGAGUCCAGCCACCUGAACAGAAGUGGCAGGGAUAGUGGGUACGGUGAUAUUUGGUACGUGGACCGGGGAGAGCCCUUUCCACCUUCAGCUAGUCAUAAAAGAGACGAUUCCUUUGAUAGCUUGGACUCUCUUGGCUCAAGAUCCUCCACAAGCUUUUCAUCAGACAUAACCUUGAAAGGUGGCAGUGAAGGUUGUGAUAGUGACACAGACUCAGAACUGCCUUUCAAAAUGCGUGACUCCCAUAAAGAUGACAGGUCUUACCGAAGGAUUUCUGUGAUUGAACCAAAACCUACUACUGACUUCAAUCGCUUCUUACCCAACAAAAACAAGCAGCCAACGUAUAUGCCAGCACCCUUAAGGAAGAAAAGGACAGAGAAGAAUGAGGACAAUAGGAGGAGCUGGGCAAGUCCUGUCUACACAGAGUCAGAUGGAACAUUUUCAAGUGGACAUGAAAGGAAUCCCGUAGCUUCCUGCCAAAAUAGCAGAGCAGAGUGUGGGCUCACAAAUCCAGCUUCCCUCCAGAUGAUCUAUGAGUAUGACAGUGGCUCUGAUUCAGAAGAUGAAAGAAAGCUGCCCGACGUGGUUAUGGAUGACUUAGCAAAACGUAGAUUUCUAGUCAAAAAGAGCCCUGUAAGCUCUGCUGCACCUGGACAUCAUUUCAUGUUGCGCAAUGACUCUUCUAAAUCUUGCUCACAAGAAAAUGAUCCAGCUGGUCCACUAGCUGCAAUGCUUAAACCACUGAGUAACCAGAGGAGACAGAGGCAGUUGGAUACUAAAGUGGAAAACAAACCAAGAGUUAACAUUUCUUCAGAAUUAUCUGGGUAUUUUGAUGAGGACGAGGAAGAAGAAAUAGGCAUCCCAAACAUUGAAAAAGAUGAUCUCUAUUUUCGCAAGCUAAAUUCUUCAGCGUCAAAUACAGUAGUUGCUUUUGACAAAUUUCUUCCUAAGUUUUGGACUCCAGAAGAAGAAUUACUAUGGAAAAAAAUCAGGAAAUCCUCUUUCAAACCCUGGUAUAAAGAGAUUCAAGGGUUCAGUAGAAAGAAAUCAGAUUCUGAGGAUGAGGGAUAUGCUUAUAAACAAAGCUCUGCUAUUGUUGCUAACCAACCAAGACCAAGUUUCGAAUGGAACAGCAGUUGCAGAAGGGAUCAAAGCUAUAAGCCAACUGCUGAGUAUGUGGGAAGCUCAUUGACACAGAUUACAGAAGGAAAAAUCUUGGAGGCUUCUGACCAGCCCAGUCAGUUUUCAUUACUUCAGGCCCUGCAAAAAUACUCUGACUACUUGUCUUCUGAAACGAAGACCAAAGUUGAUCCUUCUUCUGGCCCUAGGCUCAUAAAAUGUAGAAGGAAUAUUUCCUUUAUACCAGGAUGUGACCAAGGCGACAAUGAAAAUGUAUAUCUGUAUCCAGAUUUAGAAAAUGAUGACUUGUUUGUUCGCAAAACUGGGGCUUUCCAUAUGAAUCAAGUUGUUCUCCAAGACCCCCAGUAUUUUAAAAAAUUCUCUGAGCAAGAGCCUCUUAUAGAGGGUGAAAUAAUUCUGCAGCCUAGAGAAGGCCAAACUGUAAUUCCGGAUUUGGAAAAGGAUGACAUGAUUUUUCGUAAAAUCCUCUCUCAGAAAAAAGAGGUGCCUUUAUCAGGUGCUCCAGACAAGUAUCACCCUGCACUCUUUCCUGAUCCUUGGAGUCUUCCUGAGGAAAUACGGUCCAAAUUUCUAUGUUUACUUGAAAAGAGUGCAACAUCAGAAGACAGAAAGAGCAAUGGCAGAGUGUUGUCACCGUCUUCCCGACAUAAGAAGGACGACAUGCUGACACGCAAGAUUGAAUCUUGGAAAGUGGGAAGCAAUGCACAGCCAGUAAAUUUUAUCCCAGGUCCGUGCAGUGAAGAAGACUGGAAAAAGUGGGAAGCAAUCAGAGAGGCCAGCAAAGUUAGACACAAGAAGCGUCAGAUGGUGGAGAGACUGUUUCAAAAGCUUUCUGAUGAGCAAGGGAGUAAAUCUUUGAAUGAUGUCAGUGCAGAGGAGCUGCAGUCGAUGCGCAAAAUCCGUUAUGAAGAACUGCAAAGGAUAAAAGAACAGCUGCAAGAACAAGAUCUGAAGUGGCAAGAAGAUCUAGCAAAAUGGAAGAAUCGUAGAAAGAGCUUCACUUCAGAGUUGCAAAAGAAAAAAGAAGAAAGAGAAGAAAUAGAAAGGAGAGCCUCUGAGGUCUCUGAUAGGAACAGCAAGUCCCUGAAAGAAAUGGAGCAGGAAAGGGAGGAUAGAGAUCAAGACUCCUACAGGCAGAGAAAAUAUGAACACAGAUGGACGUAUUCACUGAACGAUGAUGUGUUUACUGAAGAAAAAGAACCUCCUACACGGUCAGUGGUGAAAGAUUACUUUUUGGAAGAAGAAACCUCCUAUAGCACUCAAGACAGCAAAAGCCUGUCUGCUGCUCAAAGGAGCAAGGAUCAUCUGCCAAAGCAGGAGAGUUAUGCCACACGUGAAGCUCCUGCUCCCUCAAAGAGCCUGGCAGAAGAGCAGAGCUCGUCUCUUUUGUCUACGCGCUACUCAGUGAAUGCUCAAACUGGGUCAGCUCAGGUUUCAGCUUCUCUCCCUAGAAGUUACCAGAAAACCGAUACCUCCAGGUUAACAUCCGUGGUUACACCAAGACCUUUUGGUGUCCACUCAAGAGGAAUCUCCUCUCUUCCACGGUCACUCACGAUGGAUGAUACCCAGAAAUACAAUGGAGAAGUGGAAAAAGCUAAAAGAACUCAAACUUUGUUAACUAGCAGUUCAUUUUCACUACCAGACUCUUCAUACUCUCUCUCUAUCAGUGUACAUGGAAGUAGAGGUGAGGAGAAGGAGGAGGAAAAAGGUAUUAAGACAACACCUACUCCUAGUUUGACAUUACCUGUAAAACCCCAAGACCAAGAUGCCAUAGGCAGUAUUCUGAAACCAGAAUAUUGCUCUCCUCCUGAUUCUGUUUCACUUACAUCUUCUGCAGAAAAUGUGAGUCUGCCAGAGCAUGAGGAUUCAAAAUCCCUGGAACAGUACAGUGAAUUGAGAAUCAAUGUAAACCAGAGACCUGGCCACAGUCGCGACUUCGGGUUUACAACAAAUUGGACUUCAUCAGGGGCCUUUGUACAAACAGUCGAAGAAGGUAGCCCUGCAAAACUUUCUCAGCUGCAUGUAGAUGAUGAGAUCAUUGCUAUCAACGGCACAAAGGUUUCACAUAUGGACUAUAGUCAGUGGGAAGAAGCCAUCAACAGAGCACUAGAAACUGGAAACCUGGUCAUGGAUGUUAGACGAUAUGGAAAGAAUGACUGGGGCAAAGACCAGCCUUCCCUGCCACAUGUAAGGCAUAAAAUCCUCAAUCUCACCAGUAUGGGUACCAACAUUAUAGGUACAUCUGAAAAUAAAUGGAUUGAUGCAACUUCUGGAGAAUGUGUUUCAAAUGUUUCAACCAUAUCAUCAAAAAGAGAAUUCUCCAGCAGUCUUCAGAAUUCUGGUACGGAAACAAAGUUGAUAAAUGGAAUGCAAGGAGACCUUGGAUCUAAUGAACAAAGAGCAUCUGAACCAAUUUCUUUGAAAAACUUAAAAAGACGGUCACAAUUUUUUGAACAAGGUGGCCCGGAGCCUGCACUGCCUGAUCUCCCAGUCCCAUCCAUUACUGCUUCAAAUCGUCGGGUUUGGGAUCAAGAGGAAGAACGAAAACGACAGGAAAAAUGGCAAAAGGAGCAGGAUCGUUUACUGCAGUUGGUGUACAAUUUGACAUGUGGAGAGAUGGCUUUGAAAAAUGAGAAAUACAAACGAGAACAAGAAAAAUUGAGGGAAGAAUGGCUGCGAGCUAAGCAAGAAGCUGAAAGAGAGAACUCCAAGUAUUUGGAUGAGGAGCAGACUGUUCUAACCUUAAACACGCUCUCUGUCUCUGCACGGGCUCCAUCUGUGUCCAGCUGGGGGGCAAGCCCUGAAGCAAGUACUCCUGAGGAGCCAGAAGGAGAUGUAGGAAAUGAGCUGGCAGCACACUUGCUGGGCAAGGAAGAAGAGAGGAGACAUCAGAAGGAAUGGAGUGUCCAGGAAGAAGCAGCACUGCGUUUUGAGCAAGAAAGGGAACUUGAAGAGCUAGAGCUUGAAAGACAACAUAAAGAGAGGGAAAAGCAGUAUGCUGAGGAGCAGAGGCGGCAGGCAGAGAUGGAGGAGCAGAGGCGGCGGGCGGAGAUGGAGGAACAGAGGCGGCGGGCAGAAAGGCCAAAGGAGGUGUUGGUGGAGACAUCUCAGUACCAAAGACAUCAUGAGCAUUAUGAAGGAUCUAAAACAAUAGAGGACCGAUCUGGUCAUCCUCUUAUUGAGAGGCAUUAUGAACGUUAUGAAACUUCCAAAACCAUUGAGGAGCGUCCUGGUCAGUCAUGGUCUGACAGGAAUAAAUCCAAGUCAACUUCAGAAUUGAAUGAAUUCACUGCAAACAGAAAUGGUACUCAGGGCAAGCAUUCGGAGAGGUCUUGGAACACGGGGGACCUGCAGAAGGGGUCUCAGAAGGAGCACAACCUGUCUGCGGCAGAGUUAGAGAGACAACAAAUCCUUCAGGAAAUGAGAAAGAGAACAUCUCUACACACGGACAGCAGCUGGAUUAGGCAGCGUAGUUCCAGUGUACAUAAGGAGCCUAUUAGUUUGUACGGCAAUAGUAUGAGGAGAGGAGAGUCGUUGGACAACCUUGAUUCUCCAAGAACAAGCUCAUGGAGACACCAUUCAUGGUUAAACCAGUCUGCCUCCACUUCAUCUCUGUCCUCUAGUCAAGAUCUCAGUCGCCCGGUGUCUACUUCAAACCGAGCCUACAUGUGCACUCCUUCCUCUGCCAAAGCACCUCCUGUGGCCUCCUCUGUGAGGGCCCCAUCUGUGUCCCAGCCUGCCCCCCGGGUUCAGUCUCCCGUCUCUGCUUCCCAGACAGGGUCGCAGACACGCAGCAGGUCAGUCAGUGGGAAGAAAAUCUGUUCAUACUGUAAUAACGUUCUGGGCAAAGGAGCAGCCAUGAUGAUUGAGUCUCUUGGUCUUUGUUAUCAUUUACAUUGCUUUAAGUGUGUUGCCUGUGGAUGCGACCUUGGGGGAUCCCGCUCUGGAGCUGAAGUCAGGAUCCGAAACAACAAACUCUUCUGCAACGACUGCUAUAUCAGAUUUAAAAGUACAAGUUCAGCAGGAAUUGAUUUACUUACAGAUCUUAAUUAAAAGCUGGACAACCAACCUCCAUGUGAAGCAAACCUAGAUAUGAAACCACUGUUGCAGAUAAAAGAAGAGGUGAUUGCUGCUGAUGUAGAUCUAUAAAUAUAUAUAUUGUGUGUGUGUGUUUUUUCUAAGAGUAACUCUUGCUUGUCUAGUCUUCAUAGCAAUGCAUUAUAUUCCUCAUACAACUGUAUUUUUAUUUAUGAUAAAGUAAUUGCAGUAAGGAAAUAUCUGGGGAAGAUGCUUUUACUUUUACAGCUUCAAGUACAGAGAGCACAAGGGAGAAUAAGUAUAUUUUCAAUAUAUUUUUGAGGCUUAUAAUCAACUAGUUGACUUUCCAAUGGUAUAUGAAGAGGGUAUUUUGUUUCUAAGCUCUCGAAGCGAGCAUUAGAGAAAUAGUUAAUAUAAAUAUAUAUUUGCAAUUGCUGUCUUUAUUUUUGACAUAUAUUGAGAGUGAAUUCUCUGGGUUAAUACGAAGCUGCGUUUAAAUGCACACAAAUGUGUUUGCUUUCCAUACGCUGGUUUCUAAAAUUAUGUGCUUUCUGAAACUUCAAUACAAAGAAUAAUCUGUUUGCUCAGUGGUGAUGGCAUAAUAUUCUGUGGAAUCCAUUCAAUGGAAAGAGUUCUCUUUUCCUAUUUGAAAAAUGUAACUAUCACUUUUUCCUCCACAAACGAGAUGGAGAAUGGUUGUUGAAUUACAGUAUAUUUGUAAAUAAAAUUUCUGAUGUUGCAUUUA